AUGUUGACAGGUGGAGGUGGUAGUGGUGGUGGUGAUGGUAAGGAAUCUCAACCCUCCACCUCAUCCUACAUAGAGUACUCACAACCAUGUCGUCAAUUCGAAUUUCCUGAGAUUCUUUUAGCAACCAAUAAUUUUGAUGAAUCAUUACUAAUUGGUCAUGGAGGCUUUGGAAAAGUUUACAAAGGAAACAUUAUAAACGGAUCAACCGUUGUCGUUUCUGCCAUUAAACGGUUGGAUUCCAUGUCCACUCAAGGGGCUACAGAGUUUUGGGCGGAAGUUGAGAUUCUUUCCAAGUUGCGACACUGUCACCUUGUAUCUUUAUUCGGUUAUUGUAAUUAUGAAAAAGAGAUGAUCCUCAUCUAUGAAUAUAUGCCUAAUGGAACACUCGAAGACCACCUCCAUAAACUCGAUACUCCUCUUUCUUGGCUUCAGAGACUCAAGAUUUGCAUAGGUGCUAGCCGAGGGUUAGACUAUCUCCACACUGGCACAGGAAUCGAGGUUGGGGUUAUACAUCGUGAUGUCAAGAGCUCCAAUAUUCUGUUACAUGAAAGUUGGGCAGCUAAAAUUUCCGACUUUGGGUUAUCCAAAAUAGGUCCAACGAAUCAGCCAUUGACAUAUGUCAAGACACUUGUAAGAGGGACUUUUGGGUAUCUAGACCCUCAUUAUUAUUCAACUGGAAGGCUAACAAGGAAAUCGGAUGUGUAUGCUUUUGGAGUGGUUUUGUUUGAAGUGUUGUGUCGUAAGCGUGCUGUGGAUACGCGUGUUGAUGAAAGUUUGGCAACAUGGGCUCAAGGUUGUAUCAAAGAAGGGAAUUUAAAGCAAAUAGUUGAUAUUAAUAUAAAGGAUCAAAUAUCCCCAAAAUGUUUGAAGGAGUUUGUUCGAAUUGCAGAGAGAUGUUUGCACAACAAUCCGAAGCAUCGCCCUACCAUGGAUGAGGUUGUGGUUGGUCUUAAUUUUGUGUUGACAUUACAACACAAAACCAAUACUACCAGUAGAACAAAAUUUGGAAGAAUGCUUCAUAUGUUUCCCUUCACCCUAAAGAGAGAAAAUUCUGCCAAAGUUGAUUCAAAUCUAUUAAAAAAUACCAAGGGAAACAGUGCAAAUGAUAUUGAUACUGCAGGGGAUGACAACAAGGAUUUAACGAUUCCUAUUCCAAGUUUAGGUGUAUCAAUGUUUUUUGAUUCGAAAAGGCAAGCAGAGUUACCUAGGUUAAAAGAGCUUCAUACACUGAAAGGGUAUGUUGAAUCAGUGAUUAAGUCCAAAGGCCUUGAUAUUGAAACAAUGCAACAAUACUACACCAUUUAAGUAGCCGAUAAGGCGAUAACACAAUUUUGGAACAACAUAAUCAGGAAUUAGGAAAGCACAAUUUUACACAAUGUUUUUUUUUUUUGAUAGCCAUGUGUGAGGUGUGUGAAUAAGCAAGCAGAUGAGAGUGGGAUAUACGCCAUCUGUAGUUGACAAGAACAAUGUACUAUUUGAUACUUGUAUAUCAUGCUUUUUUCCCGAUUAUAGCAAUGUGUUUGAAUAUUGGAUACUUCGAUUUCAACUAUGUUUAAUAGAUAUCCA